CCAGAUUCAGAGUAUAGUAUAUGACACACACCGGUUUCCCCUCCACGGCACUUCUCUAGCUAGCUAGCUAGCCAGCUUCUCCUUAAUCCCUUUCUGUACGUGUUCUCGCCGCUCGCGGCCGGAAGACACAGACACACACAUGAUGGGGGUUAAGCAGAAUGUGCUUAACCAGCUGGUGUCGCUUCUCCUCGGGGCGUCCGUCGCCGGGGUGUUCGUCUUCUUCCUCUCCUCUGCCGGUACCGGCGCGCGGUCGGCCGGCAUAUCAAGCUUUGCCAAUGGAACCAUGGCGAUACCCACUCCAUCCCAGGAAGCCAACCAUGCCAACCAUACCGGCAGCAAGGUUGCGUCCCACGAGACCAACCAGACUACCCCCAGCCUGCAGGGGCUGGAGAAGCUGCUGAGGGCGGCGGCGGACGAGGACAGGACGGUGAUCAUGACGUCGGUGAACGAGGCGUGGGCCGCGGAGGGCUCGCUGCUGGGCCUGUUCCUCGAGAGCUUCCGGGCCGGGGAGCGGAUCGCGCGCUUCGUGGACCAUCUGCUCAUCGUGGCCCUCGACGGCGGGGCCUUCGAGCGGUGCAAGGCGCUGCACAAGCACUGCUACCUCCUGGCGCCGGCGCCGCCCGUGGCAGGGGGCGGCGCCCCCGGCGGUAACCUGUCCGAGGAGAAGGUGUUCAUGAGCAAGGACUACAUCGAUCUGGUGUGGAGCAAGGUCAGGCUGCAGCAGCGGAUUCUGGAGCUUGGGUAUAACUUCUUGUUCACGGACGUGGACAUCAUGUGGUUCCGUGACCCGUUCGAGCGGAUGUCAGUGGCGGCGCACAUGGUGACCUCAUCAGACUUCUAUUUCGGCGAUCCGUAUAGCCCCAUAAACGCGCCCAACACAGGAUUUCUGUACGUCAAGUCGAGCCGGCGCACGGUGGGGGUCUUCGAGGCAUGGCUCCACGCGAGGGAGUCCUUCCCGGGGAAACAUGAGCAGCAGGUGCUGAACGAGAUCAAGUUCGACCUUGUCUCCAAGCGCGGGCUCCGGCUGCAGUUCCUUGACACGGCACACAACGGUGGGUUCUGCAACAACACCAGGGACUUCAACACGUUGUACACCAUGCACGCCAAUUGUUGCGUCGGGCUUGAGGCCAAGCUCCAUGACCUCAAGAAUCUGAUGCGGGAGUGGCAAUCUUAUAGGGCCAUGGAUGAUGAGCACAAGCGCCGGGGCCCCGUGCGGUGGAAGGUCCCUGGUAUUUGCAUCCACUGACUGACUGACUUGGUGAUCGACGUUGUUCGGUUCUCGGUUUGAGAAUUGAGAUGUGCAUAGCUUGAUUUUUUAUGCUGUAUAAUCUUGAGAAGCAUGAUCAAAAUUGAAAUUGGUGUGUGCCUACCAUAAUGAUAUCACCAAUCUAGUGCAAAAUAAAUAAAUGAAUAAUGAUAUUACCA